CGCCCGCGCUCCCCCUCCAACGCCGACCUCGAGCCCCCCUUCCUCACCCUUCUCCGCGCCUUCUCCCGCACCCGCCGCCCCCUCGACGCCCUCCAACUCUUCCGCUCCGCCCCCUCCGCCCUCUCUCUCCCCCACUCCGCCCGCUCCUACACCGCCGUCCUUGCCGGCCUCGUCGCGCACUCCCAUCUCCCCCUCGCCCACUCCCUCCUCGCCGACAUGCGCGCCGCCGGCUUCGGCCCCACCAUCGCCACCUACAACGUCCUCCUCAAGGCCCACUGCUCUGAUGCCGACGCUCCUAUCGACGACGCGGUCCGCCUUUUCCGCAACAUCCCCAAACCUGACGCCUGCUCCUACAACACCCUCAUCGACGGGCUCUGCCGCCGCAGCCGCAGGGCCGAGGCCCAGGAGCUGUUUUCCGAGAUGGUAGAAAAUGGCGUUGCGCCUACAGUGGUUACUUACACGACUAUCAUCAAUUGGCUCGCACGGGAGGGCUGCUUGGAUGAUGCACUGGAGAUGUUUGACGAAAUGGGGAGGAGAGGUAUUGCACCUAAUGUUGUCACCUAUUGUUCUCUGAUUGAUGGUUUGUCCAAGGGUGGGCGUGCAGCAUCAGCACUGGACUUGCUGGAGAGGUUGGCCAAGGAGGUGAAGCCGCCAAAUACAAUCAUAUAUAGUUCUGUCAUUAAUGGCCUCUGUAAGGAGGGCCUGCUGAGGGAGGCAAUGGAGGUUUUGGACCGGAUGCGUCUCCAGGGGAGGAAGCCUGAUGCUGGAUUGUUUGGGAAGCUCAUUGUUGGGCUGUGUGAUGCAGGAAGGGCUGUGGAGGCUGCAAAUUACCUGGAUGAGAUGGUUCUUGCUGGCGUUCAACCGAACCGGGUGACUUGGAGCCUUCAUGUCAGGAUAAACGUUGCAGUGGUGACAGCAUUAUGUGUUAAGGGUGAAGUUGGGAGGGCUUUCCAGGUGUACCAGAGCAUGAGGACUCGUGGCAUUUCUACCGAGCCAAGCACCUUCCAUCUCCUGGUUGAGUUCUUCUGCAAAAAGAACCAUUUGGAGAAAGCAGCUCGUGUUGUGCUUGACAUGUUGUCAGAGAGGUGCAUCCCUGAGAGGGAAACAUGGGAUGUUAUUGUCAGUGGGUAUUGGAGUAAGAAGAAAGUCAGACAAGAAGCUGAGCAAAUAUGGGACCAAUUAGCAGUUAUCUGAUUGAAAAUAAAAACAAAUGUGGUGCUACACUGUGCUGGUCGGACCCUUCCCCGGACUCUGCACAAGUGGGAGCUACAUGCACCAGGCUGCCCCCCUGCUACACUGUGCUGGUACAUGUUCUGCCUAAGACUUAUCAAGCAAAAAUUGUGAACCGACACACUCGUUCCAUCAUGCGGUUGCACAAGUGAGAGAGAGUUCUGCCACCAAAACCCUUAAACUCCAGUGCUUCCAUGUCCAGGAUAUGCGAAGUACUAAUAUUUAUUGUAUGAAUAAUUUUUGAAGUGACAAGCAUGCGGGCAGUGUUCAGGUACGAUGUGGGGUUGUCUUCCAUAUCUCUUGCUUUUGUAUGUAUAAAGAUACAUACACGCGCUCUGCUGAAGUUCAUUUCUAUUCU